AUGUCAGUUCUCAGCAAUUCGUGUACUGAAGCCGUUACUAGUCAAAAUCUAAGUCAAGAGGUUGUAUUAACUGAAGAUCUAGCAAAUAUUACUGACGAGGUAUUCGAGGAAGCUCAAUCUGAAUCCAGUUCUAACUUUAAUGACGAAUACCUUUUAAAAGUUAUUGAACACACUGAUUUAAUACAAAAAACUCUAGACAGUAGUAGAAGUGUCACACGCUUAAACAAGGAAAGUAUUAAAAAGUCUCUGGAAGAAAUUAAGCGCAGCACACAGCAGUUACAUAACCAAGUUAAAAAUAUUUUGCGACAUUCAACGUUAUCGACUGAAAAGAAAACCGCUUCUAUAAUCAGAAAUACGAUCAUGGAAGAGUUCGAAAAGAUUGCGUUAAAACCUCAGCAAUUCGCUGCUCCACCACUGCUAGAACCACUUCGUCCAGAUAUCACCCCGGCGCCAAUUCAAAGUUACGCCACUGUUGUUAAGACUAUAAAGGCAACUGAGAAACCCUCUAUUCCGAUAACAAAACCAGCUUUAAUAGUAACCUCUAAACAACCAGUGUCUUCAUCACAGGAGACUGUCCACGCGUGGAGAAAAAGCGUUCAUUUCAAAAAGCUUACAUUCACUCCCGCUGAGGUAAAAGCAGUCUCUAACCAUAAACUUCGAGUAGAAUUCGACAAACAGGAGCAAAGAGACGAGAUUUUAGAAACAAUAAAUCGGCCAGACAGCCUGGUUUGCGCGGAAAUAGCGAAAAAACUCAAGCCUAUGGUCAUACUUAAGGGCAUUUUCAAAGAUACACCCGUAACUGAGCUUGUUGAUAUUAUCAUCAAUCAAAACACUAAAAUCAAAGAUAUUAUUACAUCACCCGAAGACAUAACAUAUAAGUUUAUGCGCAACAACAAAAACCAGAAACUCUAUAACGCUGUAUUUAUGGUUGCUCCCCAUAUCUGGAGAGUAAUCAUAGAAAUACAAAAAGUUAAUAUAGACCACCAACGUGUACACGCAGAAGAUUUUUCGGCAUUUCUUCAGUGUUAUAAAUGCAUGCAAUUUGGACACACCAAAAAGCACUGCACUGAAGAGGAAACAAACUGUUCCCACUGCUCCUCCAAUUCACACACAUACAAAGACUGCCCGGUAAAAAAAGAUCUAAAUAAAAUAAACUGCUACAACUGUACAUUACACGCUAAAAAAUACAACUUAAAUUUAAAUACCAAUCAUAGCGCUACGUCACUAUACUGCCCUCGUGUCCUUAAACAGAUUGAAACCUGCAAAAAUAAAACCGACUAUGGAUACUAA